AUGGAAGAACUCAACCUUCCCUAUGAACUCAAAAGCUUUAACUUCGGAGAUGUCAAGAAGAAGCCAUUCAUCGAUGUUAAUCCUAACGGUCGAGUUCCUGCCAUCGUUGAUCCAAACACUGAUUUGACGCUCUGGGAAUCCGGGGCGAUAAUCCAAUACCUCAUCGAGCAAUACGACGCGGAGAGGAAACUCUCAUAUGACUCGCUCCACGAAAAGCAUCUUCUGAACCAAUGGCUCCAUUUCCAGAUGAGCGGACAGGGCCCAUACUACGGCCAACUCGCAUGGUUCACGGUCCUGCACGCGGAAAAAGUCCCCUCUGCAAUAAUGCGCUACAGAAACGAAGCACUCCGCAUCCUCGGCGUCCUCAACACUGUCCUCGAGGGCAGAACCUGGCUCGUUGGAGACAAGUGCACAUUCGCAGACCUGGCUUUUCUCCCGUGGAACGAGAAUCUGGGUAUCCUGCUGGGCGGUUCGCUUGAUAACGUAUUUGAGCCGUUUUCGAAUGUUCAGAACUGGCAUAAUAGGAUGCGGGAGCGCGAGUCUUGGGUCAAGUGUCUUGAAUCAAGGACGAUGCUUAUGGCGGAGCAGGGGCUUGAGCGGACGGGCAUGCCCAAGGGGAUUCAUUCGAUGGAUGAAUAUCAGAAGCACAUUGCUGAGAGGACUGCGAAGGAUUAG